ACCAUGCCCACAACGUAUACUCGUCCGGAGCAGUUAAAAGACGAGACAGACAAAGCUUUUUUUUUAUUCAACUCAUUGCUACAACUUGCAGCUGUUGUCAGAAAAUCAUUCUCUGUAACAGUUCUGUCACCCUGAGAAAGAUGGAAAAACUGAGCUUUUUUCUCUUUCUUCUUAUUGUUGGGAAUUUCCUACUGGUCGUUACUUGUUAUCCAAAUGGCCAAGUUACUCCCUCGUGUAUUAACAUGAUACCAGACCAUGGUGUCAGUGCCCAGACUACACUUGCUCCCUAUAACAUCACAGCAAGUAAAAACACAUACAGCCCCGGAGAGAAAAUAACAGUAACUCUCCAAGGAAGCGAUCCUUUUGAAGGGUUCUUGUUGCAAGCUCGAAGGGCUGGAGGAACUGCUGCUGUUGGUACUUUCACUGUAACUGAUACUGCAAACUCUCAAGGGCUAGACUGCAACGGACCUAAUUCUGCUGUAAGUCACAAGUCCAGUACAGGCCUAACAAAGAUCCAAGCCACCUGGGUGGCGCCAAGUUCUAGCACUGGAGACCUUGAAUUCAGAGCCACCUUUGUUAAAUCAAAGACUACAUUUUGGGUUCAAGUUAAAAGUUCACAAGUGACUUUCAAUACUACUGCACCAGCGAGUUCAUCUUCAUCAUUUAAUCCAAAUAUUAUGCUACAUCUUCCACUGAUUCUGUUUGUCAGCGGCAUCCUGAUGUGUUACAGGUAGACGGAUCUGAAAGCAACUGGAAUAAACAUGUAUUCAUCUUUUAAAAACUGGGCCUUGACAAACUCUGUUAAUUCCUUAUCAGUUUAACUACAGAAUCUCAGUGAAUAUUUUAUCUUUAGAUAAAGUCUUUGUUUAACAUGUAAUAUUCAUGGAACUUUUGCUAGACUGCUGUUUCUUUAAAAAUCAAAAAUGUUAAUGUAUACCCUUUUUCAUUUACCAAAAUAAUAAUAAAAAAUGCAUUAAAUAACUCCUUGUUUUAAAGCUUUCUCUGCACAUAUACAAUACCGACACAAAUUAUGGAAACAACAAAUGAUUUAAAGAACAACUCGGGGUAGCGAUUGUAUUGCCCAGUUCUCCUCACCUCAGACCCUUUUAUUUAUUUAAAUAUCUUGGUAUUCCUGAAUAGAUAAGUAUUAAUGAAUUUCAGAACCCCCCUUUUCCUUCCUCAAGAUGGUAUUUUCCUCACAAGAUCCACAGUGACUGCUUAUUAUUUAAUUAUUUAGCAGAUGCUUUUAUCCAAAAAAGCAGGACAACACCCCAGAACAGGUCGCUUUAUAACAACAAUGGAGUGACAGGAAAAAUGUAGAUAAACUGUGCAUUAAAUGACACUUGCUUAUGACAAUUAAGUAAAAGUCAUUAA